AAUUAUUCGAAUUUCAAUUAGGAUUUAAACGCAACAUUUCAGUUCCGAGAUAGGUAAGCGAAACAUAAGCACGAUUUCAUAAACUCUACUGUCAGAUGUGUGUAAAUCUUACGAUACAAAUGUCGUGAAGGUUUCACUUUGGCCUCUGCGUGGUUAAUCAGACGUCUUUUUGUUGUGAAUGUAUUAACGUAAGAUUCUAAGUGAUUGCGAUGGAUCGUUAACAAAGGUUUGAUACAGAAACCGUUUGCGCACGCGGUCAGCCUCAAUAUCAACCAAUGAGAAGAAAAGCGCUGCUCAUUCAUCGUCGGAGUACGGACGCGCCGUCGUUUACAGCUAUCUUUUGCACGAGGUGAUAUAACAGAUGUAACCUGUGGCGCUUUAAUCCCCGUUAACUGCUUUGAAGAUGUAUACUUUGGUGUGUACUCGGAUUGAAAAUGAAAACGUUGUCGUUGAUUCUAAUGUUCCUAGAACAUUGUGUCACUGUCUUAAAAAGUAAACCUUAACAUAUUUGGAAAGAACGGGAAACAUUCAGAAACAAAAUUCUCAAAAUGGAGGGGAACAAUUCAACAAAAGCUGGACCAAGUGAAAUGUUUAUUCCGAUGCCAGUGUGGCAGCAAGUAUUGUUUAUCACAAUGUAUGUGGUGAUGAUUGUGGUGGCGGCCGGUGGCAACCUUGCGGUGAUAUGGAUUGUCAUGGCCCACAAGCGGAUGCGGACAUUCACGAACUACUUCCUGGUCAAUCUGGCGGUGGCGGACACGCUGAUAUCGCUGUUUAACACGGCGUUUGUGUCCACUUUUCUGAUCUAUCAGGACUGGUGGUACGGCGAGAUCUACUGUAAAUUCUCCAACUUUAUUAAUGUUAGCACUCUGGCAGCCAGUGUACUGACCUUUAUGUCCAUAGCGAUUGACAGGUACCUGGCCAUCAUCCACCCCCUGAGACCGCGCCUGACGGUGCGCGUGGUUCUAGCCAUUGUUGUAAUCUGGCAGGUCUCCAUUGUACUGGCCAUCCCAAACCUCAUCUACGGAAAAACUGAGAAAUACCACGACAGGGUCAUCUGUCUCUUGGAUUGGUCUCAAGAGUUAGACUUCGGGUAUAACUUGCUGAUUCUAAUCGUGACGUACGUGUUGCCCUUGGUGACCUUAACGGUGACUUACGCCAGGGUCGGGUUCGAGUUGUGGGGGAGCCGGGCCAUCGGGGAGAACACCCCUGUCCAGUACGAAAGAAUCCGCUCCAAAAGACGGGUAGUCAAGAUGAUGAUAGUAGUCGUGGUCACGUUUGCUGUCUGCUGGUUGCCGUAUCAUCUCUACUUUGUGUUGGCUGCUACCAAACCGGAGAUCAACAACUGGAAACACAUGCAGAAUGUUUAUAACGUCAUUUACUGGAUGGCUAUGAGCAACUCUAUGUACAAUCCGAUCAUCUACUGUUGGAUGAAUUCUAGGUUCAGACAUGGAUUUGUCAAACUGUUUUGCUGCUGUCCCUGCAGAUUAUGCGCAAAGUUCAAGGACAGAUCCAAACCUGGUAGGCUUCCUGUCACAUUAUUCCGAAAUAGCUCUAAUACUUACGCACUGACAGACAAACACCAUGGAAACGGGUGUUCCCAGUACACGACCACCGAAUCGGUGGAUGACGCCAGCUCGUCACCUGUCAAUCACAAGAAGGGGCGGAGAACUAGUGCUGAAUAUUUAUGAGUACAGCGUACUCAGCAAACGAUUUUUUCAUUGUUUUUUGUGUACUAGGAGUAUGAAUAACUCAGCUUUUAAAUUCCUCUUUAACGGAAUCCUUGCUUGAAAUCGUCCUUUAUAUCUAUAAAUGAAAAAAUGCAAUUCUAAUACUCGCAGAUUUCAAGACGUGGCGAUUUUCAAGUACUUGUAAGAACGAUUACAAUCUGGUACCAUUCACAAGCUAAUCCCAGCACUUGAGACCCCUGUGGUAAAACCAUAGGUCAGUUUCACUGUGUAUAACUAACUAAAUUACGUAAGCGCUAUAUAUAGACUCUUGUUCAGUUUCACUGUUUGUAACGCGUAUGCUUUGUGCAUGUAAAUACAUUACUUGUAUCGUUAAAUCAAGUCUGAUUAGAAAAUAUGUUUAGAUGUGAGCUUUCAGAACGCUUUGCUAAUGUUCUGCUUUAAACAUCUUCCAUUUUAUGUCUCUCACUGUUUCCACAAUUAUAGCUUUUUGUAUCCGAAUGCUUUCACUGCAAACCUCUACUAGAUGUGGUAGUACAGUUGAUUCCUGACCACGUCGUUUCCUCUGUUGAUAUUGACAAACUCUCAUAGGGCACACUAAAUAACACUUAGAUGUUGACUUUGUCGUGUACAACUGGCUUUCAUUCAGUGAAUCACAUCAAUUAACUGUGUGUUUCGUAUUGGUGCUUUGUGUUUCACGCUGAAAAUUAUCAGUCGUAUUUGAACUAAAUGUAUGUAUAUCAUCCUUUGGAAUAUAUUUUGCGCUUGAUGCACUAUAUUUUAAUAUAACUAAGUGUCACAUUAAAUAUAAGUAUGUAUACAUGUAAUUGGAAGACAUAUUUAUCAUGGAGCAUAGCGAUUUGAAAUACUGAUUAUCGACUAGGGCAAUAAUAAAAUGUUAUCUCUCUAAGUGAAGUGUGCUACAUCUCGGUAUUAUUGCGCUUUGAAAAAGUAAUUGAUACGUGUACAUGCAUAUUAAAGAAAAUGCAUUUUAUGCCGAUUUUGCAUCAUGAAUUAAAUUUACAUAUUAAAUAUGUUAUUUAGACUUUGUUUGCUAUUUCUUUCAGAAACAGUUGACACGGCAAUUUACGAUACACUUGUUAAGAAGGAGGGCGUAAAACGCGUUCAUUUUGGUAACAUUCCAAUAGUGACUUUAAGUGCUAGGUGAUUGCCGAUAGGGGGCGCUGGACGAAUGGUGGAGAAUUUGUGUGCAGAGUAACGAUCUACCAAAUAAUGUUCAAAUAACUGUCUUCGAACGAGCUCAAACAAUGAUAUUAUGUAUUGCAAAGUCAUUGCUUUAGAUGAUGAGCAAGGCCCUUAUAUAGCCUCAUUUAGACAUGUUUGAUCCUUGGUUGCUCUGUGCAUGUUGAGAGUGUGUACUGGCUACAUAAUUGGUUUGCUAGAAUGCCGUAUAUAUCUUGGUUAGAUCGUGUUGUGAUGGAAAUGCUUAUCUUCAAUAAUCUCCCGUGUCACGGGAAUACACUCAAUGACGUCCGGAUUUCCUUGUAUUGGUGGUCGGACAUUUUGUUACGUUCAAUUAAUUUGAUUUCGUUCCGUUAUUACGACUCAUUGGUAACCUUUGGGAGCUGAAUGGCUUAUUUCCAAUAUGAAACUAGUAUACCACAUGUCAUGUAAUAUAUUUCUAGUAAAGUCGUCUUUUUAUGCUU